CCCUCCAUAUUAGUCGAACGAAACCAAACACCACUUCACUUCAUAAAACAACACACCUUCACUCUUUCUUUCUUCAAUGGAUCCUAACCCAAACCCAAACGAUUUUCCCAUUCUAUGCUUUCUCUUAAACCAUCUCCACCCUCAAACCCACCCACCUCUCCCACCACAGCUCCAUCAAAACCUCUUAACCAACUUCCCUCAUUUAACCAACUCCAAACUCAUACCUUCACUCACACACCUCAUCACCAACCUCAACAUCACACAAACUCUCUCUUUUCUUACCACCCUCGGUCCUCGCCCUAACCCUUCUUCCGUCGCUGCUUCUCGCGACGUUGAUGUUCACGUCUACCAGGCUUUGUUGAGGGUGGAGGAUAUGCAUGAUCAGUGUGUGAAGCAGUUGAGGGUUGCUGAGGAGAAGCUGGUGGAGGGUUAUGGUGUUUUUGUGGAGAAGAUGAAGGAAGAGGUUGGUGAUGAGGAUGUAAAUGAAGGGGUUGGUGGGUUGUUGAGGAAAGGUGAAGAGGGUGAGGUUGUUGAGAAAGUUGAUUUUUCUGGGAUGAAGUUGAGGAUUUUCCCUGAGGGGGUUGAGAAGAUGAAGGGUUUGGUUGUGAUUAAUUUUGCUAAUAAUCAGUUACAGGUGAUUCCUGAUUCAAUAACAGGACUACAAAAGCUUGCAGAGCUUGAUAUGUCAUCGAAUCUUUUACCGUCUCUACCAGAUUGUAUUGGAUUGCUAGUCAAUCUAAAAGUCCUUAAUCUGUCAGGGAACAAGCUAACUACUCUUCCUGAAUCCAUUUCUCUUUGCAGGUCGCUAGUUGAAUUGGAUGUAAGCUUUAACAACUUAAUGUGUUUGCCAACAAACAUCGCCUAUGGACUCGUUAACCUCGAGAAGCUCUCGAUCCAUUUGAAUAAGAUACGAUUCCUUCCUCUAUCCAUUGGAGAAAUGAAAUCUCUCAGAUAUCUUGAUGUUCACUUCAAUGAACUUCAUGGCUUACCUCAAUCCAUUGGGAAGUUAACAAAUCUUGAAUAUCUAAACAUCAGUAGUAAUUUCAAUGACAUGACGCAACUUCCUGAAACAGUUGGUGGUCUGGUUAACUUAAAGGAGCUAGACUUAAGCAACAACCAGAUCCGAGCUUUGCCUUACGCGUUUUGCAGGCUUGAAAAGCUAACAAAGCUGAACCUGGAUCAGAAUCCUAUCAUUGUUCCGCCGUUAGAGGUUUUAAAUCAAGGAGUUGAGGCGAUGAAGGAAUUCAUGGCUAAGCGGUGGCUUGAACACAUUGAUGAAGAGCGACAGAAAAACAUGGCUGAAACUCAAAAUCAGCAAGCACAGACAGGUUGGCUGGCAUGGGGAACCUCAUUAUUGAGUAAUGUUGCUGGGGUUUCUGAAAGCGUUGUAGAGUAUUUCGGCGUUAGAAAAGCUCCUAGAGACACAUGGAUGGAGCAACAGCUGUGAUCUAUGAAAUACCGACACAUACACGAAUACUGCACACAUCACUGACAUUGAUACAUCGAUACCAACCAAUAAUAAUUUCAGAACAUGGAAUUAUUGAAUGUAUGUAACCACAUAUGUCGGUGCGGGACAUUAGAUUCUCCUUUAAUAAGUGUCGAUGCUACAAAGGUUGAGAUAUAUACAUGUACUCUUUGUUGAGUUUCUCUACGAACUUAUUAUUUACUCUUU